AUGAGCGCUCGAAAGAGAACGCUUCUGAAGCUCAUAAUAUUAGGCGACUCCGGUGUUGGUAAAACCUCCCUGAUGAACCAAUACGUGAACCGCAAGUUUUCGAAGCAAUACAAAGCGACAAUCGGGGCAGACUUCCUCACGAAAGAAGUAAAAAUAGACGACGAGAAUUUAGUCACCAUGCAAAUCUGGGACACAGCUGGACAAGAGCGAUUUCAAUCUCUCGGGGUGGCGUUCUACCGCGGCGCGGAUUGUUGCGUCUUGGUCUACGACGUGAACAACGAGAGGAGCUUUCAAAACUUGGAGAAUUGGCGAGAGGAGUUUCUCGCGCAAGCGAGCCCGGCGGACGCGGAGAAUUUCCCAUUCAUCGUCCUCGGGAACAAAACGGAUCAAGACGGAGGCCAAUCUAGGGUGGUGUCGGAAAAAAAAGCCUUGUCCUUUUGCGCGGCGAGCGGAAACCAGUGCCCUCAUUUCGAGACGAGCGCCAAGGAGGAUAGCAACGUCCAAGACGCGUUCGAGUGCGCCGCGAGGAACGCUUUGAAAAAUGAAGUCGAGGAGGAAGUGUAUUUGCCGGAUACUAUCGUCGUGAAUAAAAGUGGGAGUAAUAAGAGCGGGUGCUGUUGA